GUGAGAAUCGUCAGUGAAGCCUCGUAUUCCUUGGUACGUAACGACGUCGCCCUAGCCUACUUGGUAACAUGUGGCAUCUUAACCUCGACUUCUCCUCAUUCCUUUACUUUGUGUCAAUUCCCUCGCUCCUGUUGAAUUGAGCCCGCAACAACCCUACCUCGAAGCCUUUGGGGAAGACUCCACACUUUCCCACACCAUGGCUGAGUGUUUGGAGCCUCCAGAUGCUCAGCUAGAGGCACUCGCACAAUCUGAAAUCGAGGCGUUAGAGCUGUUCCGUCGCUCGCCGCAUCCAUACCAUCGCCGCCAGACCGAGCUCCAGAGAUCCCAAGCAUCCACCGAAUCCUCUAGCAAUGACUUCUCUCGGACUGCGCUCGAACGCUCGAAUCGUAUAACUUCGGAUGAGGAUAGGAGAAAGCCCAGGAAACAAUUCUCUCGCACUCCGAGUGACAGUGGGACUGAGGCGGAUGAUGAGGGCUAUGGGUUUGUGAAGGCACUGCCCGCACCUCCGGUCAGGCCCCGCAAGGGACUUCGUGAUCUGAGAGGCAGCGGAUACGAUGCCGGGACGAGCCCGCUUUUGACACCCUCGCAAGUGGAUGACGAAGGGCGUAAGUACUCGACCGAAUACUUCAGGCCAAGGAGAGAUGGGUCACAGAACGAUGGGCCUUCGCCAACGGACGAUGAUGUACGAGCAGCUAGACAGAAAUACCUGAAGAGGAGGCGUAGCGAGUUGAUAAGGAGGACUACCGAAACUGCGCUUCUUGGAUUGAUAGGGAUGCUGGCUGUUCGCGGGUGUGCUUGCUGGACGAGACUGUUGCGGUGGCAUAGAGAGCUUCUCACACACGUACUAGUCAUGUCCGGCGUCCUAGCACUUUAUCCACUAAGACUUCUGCGAUACUCAAAGACCCGAGAACCUCCCUCCAACCGUCGACUCAGGCAACAAAUUCGAAUACCGGCUGCUUUUGACCCCGCUCCUAUCCUCUACCCCACGACCCUACCUGUUCUAAUAUCCAUAUCUCUGCUUCCAUCGUUUGAAAAACCUCUGUUACCCAAUGUUCUACUUGGACUGGCUGCAUUACCCUCCCAAUUGGUUCCAUGUGGACGCUCUCCUGGUGCAUAUUCUUCUGUUCAUUGGUUUGUCUCCAUACUACCGUUAAUCGCCUCUCAGAACACAGAAAUACCUUCCAAAAAAUCCCCGCCAAUACCAUACAUGCUUAAACUACCUCCCCCGGAAGGCCUCCACCCCGAGACACUAGUCAGCCUAUUCGCUCUCCAUCAGGCCCUUCUUCCCCCUUUACACUACCUCACCACUACUAGUUUACUUCCUACAGAGCUUCAUCUGCUUUCCAUUGGACUGAUAAAUCUAUAUCUUUUCGCAAACUCACCGCAGGCUGAGAUACAGAAGACAUUACUCUGGCUUGGCGGAGUUGGGAUUUUCGUGCUCUGUGGUAAAGUUCUCAAAUGGGGGGUUGCGUUAGCAAGGAUUCCCAGAUGGAGAUUCAGACACGCUGGGCAGAUUAUCAAAACACGGCAGUCUUUUCUGCAGGUGUUGAAUGAAACUUUGAACUCCCGUCGAUCUCAGAGCGUUGGUGGAAGACUGUCCGAUAGCGACGCGGAUGAAGAUGAUCCCAUGCUUCAGAAUCCUCUUCAGAAAACUAAGAGCUUAAAGUUGAGUAUUUUGGACUCAAUGCGAAAUGGGUCGAUACUCGCGAAUGAAAGUGAGACAAGAUCGGCCGUUGAGCCGAAGCAGCUAGAUAUUUCGGAACAUAACGAUGAUUCAGAUCAGAAAGCGUUACCUAGGCGUCGGAAUACCCUUCCUUGUCUCCCUUCUCCUUAUCAUACAUCUCGACAUCAUUCAACACGUCGACGCUCGAAGUCAAUAGCCCAGUCCUUCCUCUCGCUCACUCCUGCACAAGCAGCCAUCAGGAAAUGGUUUUACGCUGGAUACUUCUAUCUCACAGUAUCGCUGAUCAUCCUUCUCCCCAUCCGUUAUAUGGUCGGCAAGUAUGGUCUCUACAACCACGAACCAUUUGGAUGGGCAAUAGGCUACCUCUUCGGAAACAUCCAACCGCUCCGCUUCCAAGUCGUAAACUGGAACCUCGCGUCUUGGAUCCCGCUCCCGCCUCUCCACGAUCCCGACCACAUGGCCCAGUCCCAGCACCUCGGCCUCGCAGAACACAUUCGCCGCUUCAUAGUCGGCGAAGCCAACAUCCGGCUCCUCCUCUGUGCCUACUGCCUCAGCAUCAUUAGCAUCGGCCUCAUCGUCUUAUUUAGUCUCUCCUCCGUCGUCGAGGUCGAUACACGCCGUAAAGUCUUCCACGGCAUGAUGGUCGCCAUGCUCCUCCCCACCAUCUACCUAGAUCCGACAUUCGUCGCUCUCGCCCUCUCCCUCGUCCUCGCAAUCUUCCUCCUCCUCGAUCUCAUCCGCGCGUCGCAGCUUCCACCGCUCUCACGACCCCUGGCGAAUUUUCUGACGCCGUAUGUUGAUGGCCGUGAUUUACGCGGGCCCGUGGUGGUGUCGCAUAUUUUCCUGUUGAUUGGGUGUGCGAUUCCCCUGUGGCUUUCUCUCGCAGGUGUGGACCGUAUCGGUCAAGCCCCCUGGACGGGUUGGGAAGUCAAGACAAGAGAUGUCAGUAUGGUGGCUGGUGUUGUCUGCGUCGGCAUGGGCGAUGCCGCAGCCUCGUUAAUCGGACGUCGAUACGGCCGCCGCAAGUGGCCUUGGGCAGGCGGCAAGAGUCUCGAAGGCUCUCUGGCUUUUGCUGUGGCUGUCACGCUCGGUCUCCUGUUUGGGAAAGUGUGGCUUAGACUUGGUCAGUGGGAUGGCGGUGACGUAGACGGAGGGUUUAGAUUUGGAGGCGUGACGGAGUGGGUGGGUGUGGUAGGUAAGGCGGCGGUGUGUGCGGUAGGCGCGAGUCUUAAUGAGGCGGUGCUGACAGGUGGGAAUGAUAAUGUGGUUGUGCCGGUUGUCUUAUGGCUACUGGUUAGAGGGGUUGGGCUUUAGAUUUCGAUGUAAGAUUUCCACGGGCAUUGCAUGGCGUUUUGGCGUUUAUUAUAUCACUCACGGGGAGCUGCAGGUGUACCACUGCUUCCAUGCCCUUAUUUUGGUUUGGGUAAUAAAAAGCUAGAACAUAGACGCUGAAUCUGGAUCCGGGUUUGGCUUUAGGUUGGGUAUGAUUUGGCCCAGCUUGGUAUGGGCAUGAGAUGAAGGGGAAUGUGACUUGUGAUUCUUCUUAGAGAUAUUUCACUGCGGUCUGAGGCUCUGUACGAUAUUAGGGAAUGCGCAUGUGGGUGAGUUUUGCGGCUCUGUAAGAUAUUGGGUAGUGCAUGUGGUUGUGGUGAGGCUCAGCAAAGAUGGAUGACCAAGUGUGCUACGCACGUGGUAAGACAUGGAUCAUAGGUUGGGAAGAUAGCCCUGUUUUAGUU